CCUCCACAGGACUUAUCUCCUCUAUAGCUACUUUAUGUGCGCUCACAUCCUGAAGCAACGCUUCUCCACUGGGGGGCUCAAAGUCUGGAUGCACAUGGAACACCGGCUCACGCUCGCACUUUCCAUACUUCGCCCGUUCUUCCUCCCAUCUUGCAGAGUCCUCUUCGUCGUCCGAGUCGAAGGCGACAAACUCCCUGACGUCCACCAGGUCUCCACCUGUUGUAUCAGCGAAAGAGACUCUUUUUCCAGGGGAGAGAGCCGCCUGGAUCCGCAGGUACUCGGCAGUCUCGUCGUGGAUGGACGCGCCUCGCUUCCUGGGCACCGGGGAGCAUCUUGGGAUCAGGCGGACAUCUCCCUCAUCAUCAUCAUCAUCGUCUUCUUCUUCGUCGUCGUCAUCAUCUUCUUUUGACCUGCCCCGUCUGAUGGGAAUAAAAAGACCCUCUUGACUUGGUAUGCUUAAAAACGACAUUUCUGCAGGGGAAAGCGACGACGUGUGCUGGUGGCUGUGCAUGCAAGGACCCCAAAAGAAGAAGAAAAUGACAAGCAGAGGCAGCGCUACCCGUGCAUUACGUACAGUCUCCUCGGUUAAUGUGUGGCGUUAAAUGUCACGCAUGGGAAACUUUUCCUGCCAGCCCAUGUGAUCGUGUAUCCUCUGCUAAAACAUCACACAUCGGCCGCUGUCCGAGGCUAAUUUUAGGCCUGACCUACCGGGCUCUCCAUACUCCAAAUGUGUCUCCAAGUUGGUAUGAUCCUGCCCCCCUUUUGUGUAUGGUUUGGGCUGGCUAGACGCCCACAUUAAAUGGAGCUGUGACAUUCUGGGGUGUCAUUCAUGUAAAUAUGACGCCAGGUGAUUACUGCAGUUGGCCUCAAUUCACGUGCACACUUCAAACCUAAUUAACUGUUUAAGCCAAUAUAUCUAUGGAUACGUACAUUUUUUUAACGGAGAAGUCUUCUCCCUGGCAAUAUUUACCCCCAAACGCCACGCCUUUUUACAUUUUUAAAUGUAAACCGAUGGGGUAAAUUGCACUGAUGUACAAUAAGCAAUUGUUUCUCUCUGAUAUCAGCCAGUAAAUACAUUCUUGUUUCUGAUUGGUGCCAAGCUUUUAGCGCGACGUGCUGCAACCAAUGAGAGUAUUGUUUUUCUGGCACGUUGAUACGCGGACAGGAAGCUGAAGGAUUAGUCAAACACAAACUAAUACAAAGAACGGCGCGUUGCAUUUGAAGGAUAUUACACGGUAAAGUUUCAUUUUUUUCCUCAUGGUCUUCCUGAAUGGCCCCCGUUUUGUGCGAAAGUGUAACUUCGAGGAUACACGCACGGGGUAAUAUAGCGCUAACUAGCUUACUAUAGCUAAGUAUCUAUUAGCUUACGUUUCCCGUAGGCCGCGAGCUGCUUCCUGUUUGCCCGUCAUUGAUGAUGUAGGUUACGUCAACAAACCUAGUAUAAUCACACAGUUAGGAUUACAUAGUUUUUUAAAAUAUUCAUAGGAGUUACUCUGUACGUUAAAAUUUAUUGUGUUUGAGCUUGGAGACUACGGAGCUUAAUAGCUGUUUGGCUAGCUAUCCAGCAUGAGUGAAUUGACGGACAGCAAACAGUCCGCUGAGUCGGAAUCGAGGAAAAGGUGUCCAUUGCCAGACCAGGAUGAGGAGUGCUCUAUGCCUAACAAGUUCUCUAAAGUAGAGGACCCAUCUAGUAAAGUGCAAGAUCAAUCGAAAAGUUGCAAAAAUUGUGACUCUGAGAGCACCGAAGCAGCUGGGCGAGAGACACAGUCAAAACAUGAGGAGGAAGCAGAUGUCGUGCAAAGAGCUCCGGGUUCAGAAAGCACGCACAACACUGCUUCUACAACUGCCAACAACUCCAUUUCUGAUGACCACAAAUCAGAAAAACCACAGUCCUCAAAGGCUCAAACAUCUGCUGAUGCAAAGGAUGAUGCCAGAGAGGCCACAGGACCAGAUCCCUGUACUGUUUUGGACCAGUCUGAUUCAGCAGCCAUAGCAGCUGCUGAAGCACUUGCCAGCCUCACGGGAGGAGACGGUGAAGACAGCCGAGAGACUCCAUGCUCGUCUAAAAGAGCUAAACAAGUGAAGCAGAGCAGUAAAGUGAAAAACCGUGGGGACCACCAGGCCCUGAGAGCCCACUCUAAAACCCAGGCAGCUGCAGCAGACAGCUCUACAUCUAUGCACAGCACAGACAGAGAGGAUGCGGAUGACGCGGCAGAUGCAGGUGAAGGUGAUGAAUCUAUGUCUGGAUCUUCUUCCACACCAAGCUCCUCUUUCCCAUCUGAGAAUGAGGACAAUGAAGAUGGUGAGUGCGCCAUUGUGUCUGUUAAGAUGGCUCCCGAGAUGAGACAGUCAGUGGCUCUCCUGGCGCAGGUACAGAUGAGACUUGAAGCUCUCGAGAAGAAAAGCGCCUGGCUCCACCAGCGCCUGGAACAGAAAAUCAGCCGCAUGCGUCGGCCACAUCUUGACCAACGCAGCUCCAUCACUAAAACAAUCCCUGGCUUCUGGGUGACUGCUCUAUUGAACCACCCACAUCUUUCUGCUCACAUUGAUGAGACUGAUGAAGAUGCUCUGAGCUACAUGAUUGACCUGGAGAUCGAGACUUUCAAGAAUCACAAAGUGGGUUUCCGAAUCCGUUUUCACUUCAGACGGAAUCCAUACUUCCAGAACAACAUCAUCAUGAAGGAGCUGCACCUUGGACUCGGAGCAUCUCCCAUGUCUAUCUCAAACCCCAUCCUGUGGAACCGCGGCCAUAACCUAACGGCCAACAGUGAACCUAGGAAGAUGUCACGUGGGGUUUACCAGACGUUUUUCAGCUGGUUCAGUGAUCACAGCAACCCUAGUCAAGAUGAUGUAGCACAGAUAUUGAAGGACGACCUGUACAGGGAUCCCUUGAGAUACUACCUCACGCCACUCUGGCAACCAAGAGAGAAUGGCAGUGAUGCUGGGGGUGAUGCCAGAGCUGCUGAUGGCAGCAAUGGCGAUGACUGUGUGGUAAUCUCGGAUUCAGACGAUGACCCUGGUGAGGAAACAGGUGAGAUGGAUCAAGGCCAUAAUGAUGGAGAGGAAGAGGAGGAAAAAGAGGAGGAGGACGAGGCACAAAGUGCAGAAGGGAGCCAGGAGGAGGAAGAGGAGGAAGGUGGAGAAAUUGUGAUUGAUGGUUCUGAUGACAGCGACCGUGAAGAUGAGGAGGCCUGAGAGGACCAGUCAUCAGAGCAUCUUCCUGAUGUCAGUUACAUUAUGCACAAAAGUAUUAUAUUUUUUUAAUGUAACAAAAAUAUGGUCUAUAGAAUUUUUAAAAUCAGGGUUACCAUAAAACAAAGCCCAGGCAACAUGAUCCUAUCAUUUUAUAUAGCAUAUUCUAAUACAGUAUACAUAAGAAAAUAAAUCUCCUGAAACUGAGGAUUCUUUUUAAUAAUUGGAUGUCAGCCUGCCUUUGGCAAAACAAACAAAUGAUGAGAACCUCACAGAUAUUGGAAGCAGCCAUUUUUAUCUUUGGCUGUUUUUUUUUUUUUUUUACUCUAUUCCAUUCGAUUGUGUUAUAACCACAUUUCAGGAGAACUUGGAACCGAACCAAAAUGUGUUCUCAGGGAUGGGCCUACACUCUUACAUUGUUAGGGCAUGUGAAUAAGCAAGUGUGUACUCUACUGUAGUAAAUAGGAACAUCAUUGUUUUAAUAAGCUUCUAGUACUUUCUACAUCUUAACACAUGAUCCCACCCUUGUAAACACUGUGUAAUACUGGAUUCCUAUCCCCCCCCCCCAUCCUGCUGUAGGUAGCAUUUUUUGUAUUUUUAAUAGGUGUUAAUUUACAUCUGCUUCACAUAAUGUGUAAAGAUUUUGUUUUUAAAUAGAUGCUAUUAUUACAUUGUUUUCUACGCCUCAGAGCAUGUGAGCAUCAAGAAGUGUAGAAUGUCCCUCCCCAUCCAGCUUAAAUUUGGUGUAAUUAUGUUUAAGUGUUAUGUCCUCCUACCCCUGUAAUUGUGGAGCCCUUUCUCAGAAAACACCUGUUUCAGAAGUUACCCUACAUUUGAAUGUAACCUAUCCCCAGCAGGAUGUUGUGACUGAUUCUUGCCAUUUUAAAAGUUGUUUUUGGAUGACAAAAUGUACUUGAGAAGGUACGUACAACUGCAAAUAAUUAGGACCAAGACUACACACUACACGCAAACAUUAGCAGCCACUGUGUAUGCUCACAAGGUCAUGUAGAGGAGAUAAUUUAUUAGCAUCGCAUCAGUCUUUGUUAAAUACAUAGCCACAUUUGGGUGCACUAUAAAGCGGAUUUGUAACUGCCUACUUAUUUCCUAGCAUUGUACCUUCUGUGCUUCGAUAGAACAUUGUAGCCCUUUGUAUUGGAUACUUUGAUUUGUUAGGGGUGAAAUGUCCACCGUUUGACCGAGACUUAAUAAAGUAGGAAGAUGUUUUA